AUGACUCCAACAUCUUCUCCAUUCUCGGAUGAUAUUGUCAUGGAGACAAUUCCCAAAGUGAGACUACCAGCGCACCUGACGUACAGCGGAGUCACGGAUCCGAGGGAUCAUGUCAUCUCUUACGAACAGCAGAUGUUUCUGAAUCCCUACUCCGAAGCCUGCUGGUGCAAAUACUUCCCAACCACGCUGACAGGAGUUGCUGGAGAAUGGUUCAGAUCGCCGCCGAAGGGAUCAAUCAAAAGUUGGAAGAAGCUGAAGAAGAGGUUUUGUGUACAGUUCGUGAGCAACAAUCGCCCAGAACGAACCACUGCCGAGCUAACCUCUAUACAGCAAGAAAGAGACGAGAGCCUGCGAGACUUCAUGGCCAGAUUCAUGAAGGAAUCCACCAACAUUCCGAACCUGCAGCCAGAUGUAGCAAUCUUCGCCUUGAAAACCGAAGAGUUCAACAAGGCAGCAGCAAGGCUAAGAGGUUCCUCAGAUCCGAAAGAUAACAGAACAAAUCAGAGUAAGCCCGAGGGCAACUCAAGAAAGGGGAAAGAGAAGGUGGGUGCGAGAGAAGCGAGUCCCAGGAGAGAAGGGAAGAAGGGUGAAUUUCAACCCAAGUACACCAACUACACCCCACUCACCAUACCCCGAGGAGAAAUCUUCAACCUCCACAAGGACGAUGAAAAGUGGAAGCUUCCAGACAAGCUCAGAUCAAACCCCCGCCACCGCAACAAGAACAAGUGGUGUGAAUUCCACGAUGACUUCGGCCAUACCACUGAGGAGUGUAACUCGUUGAAGGAUAACAUUGAAGACCUCAUCCGACGAGGCUACCUCAAGGGUUACCUACUCGACCAUAGGGUCAACUUCAGCAACGUAGGGGAGAAUCAGCCCACUCCCACCGAGUCAACUUCAGCAACGUAG